AUGUCUAAUAUUGGACUCAAAAUUAGGCAAGCAGUGCCAUCAGUGGAUCCUGUUGUUGCUAAUUAUGCGGUUGGUUACAUUCAGCAUAUUUCAGAUUCAACUGAAGAUGCGGUUCUUUCGAAGCAACUCGACAUUCCUAACGAAGUGAAAUUUUUGAAGAAAAUACUUUUGAGCUCGGGUGGGGAUCCAAACAAAGUUGGAAAGUUGAGUUUAAGUAUCGAGGUGAUUCUUACUAAGAAGUUAAGAGAUAAUAUGUCCAAACUUAAAAUUGAGGGUGAUACCUCCAAAAGACUUUUGGAUCCCAGUGUAUUAAGGCUUCAACAAAGAACGGAUACCUCGGCUGCUUUCCUUACUUCUUCUGUUGAUGUGGAACAUGUUGGAAGACAAAUGGAAUCUAGGGUUGAUAAGCGGAAGUUGAAAAAAGCUGAAGCAAAAAUUGCAAGGAAAUUGGCCAAGAAGAAGGAUAGGCAUGUUAAAUAUGAGGCAUCUAAAUUGCUUGACGAACAUAAACAAGAUGAUUAUGAUUCAUUCUUUUUGAAGGUGAAUCCUCUUGAAGCGGGUGGAGAUGGAGGACGUUCAAAGGAUAUUAAAGUUGAUGGCUUUGAUUUAUUUGUUGGACAAGCACAACGUAUAUUGUCAGAUGCUUCCCUUACCUUAGCUUUUGGCCAUAGAUAUGGUUUAGUUGGAAGAAAUGGUGUUGGUAAAUCUACACUUCUGAAAGCUUUAUCGAGGAGGGAGUUGGAUAUUCCCAAGCACAUUACUAUCUUGUAUGUCGAGCAGGAAUAUAUUGGUGACAACAAAACCGCAUUACAGUCUGUUUUAGAUGCUGACGUUUGGCGAAAGCAACUUCUGAUGGAAGAAAGUAAAAUAAAUGAGCGUGUUGAUGAGAUUGAAAAACUAAGAAAGGAAUUUGAAGAAAAUUCGCCAGAGAUGAAGAAGCUUGAUAAUGAGCAAGAUGAUUUGUAUAGUAAUUUAGAAAAGGUUCAGGAGAGACUAGCUGAUAUUGAAAGUGAUAAGGCUGAAGGUAAAGCGGCUCAAAUACUAUACGGAUUGGGCUUUAGUGAUGAAGCUCAACAAAGACCAACAAAGGAAUUUUCUGGUGGUUGGAGGAUGCGUAUAUCUCUUGCCCGUGCUCUUUUCUGUGAGCCUGAUUUAUUGCUUUUGGAUGAGCCUACAAAUAUGUUGGAUGUUCCUUCUGCAGCUUAUUUGGCUAGAUACUUGCAAACAUAUCCAUCCACGGUUUUGGUUGUCUCUCACGAUAGGGAUUUCCUUAAUGAGGUUGCAACUGAUAUAAUUCACCAACACUCGGAAAGAUUAGAUUAUUACAGAGGAUGUGACUUUGAUGCAUUUUACAAUACAAGGGCGGAGAGACUUAAAACGCAAAAAAAGGAAUAUGAGAACCAAAUGGCUUAUAGAAAGCAUUUACAGGCGUUCAUUGAUAAAUUUAGAUAUAAUGCUGCUAAAUCUAGGGAAGCCAGAUCUAGAAUGAAAAAGCUUGAAAAAUUGCCCGUUUUGGAUCUCCCAGAAGUUGAACACCAGUAUACGUUUAGCUUUCCUGAUCCUGAAAAGCUUCCUGCACCAAUUUUGCAAUUGCAAGGAGUUAGUUUCUCCUAUAAACCAGAGGAAUUGAUGUUGAAUGAUGUUGAUAUGGAUAUUGAAAUGGACUCUAGAAUUGCAUUGGUUGGUGCUAAUGGUUGUGGUAAAACGACACUCCUAAAGGUUGCAUUGGGAGAAUUAACACCAACAUCAGGUAUUGUAUACAAGAAUCAUCGUUUAAGGAUUGGUUACUUUGCUCAGCAUCAUGUGGAUGCAUUAGACCUUUCACUUAGUGCCGUUACUUGGCUGAGUAAGAAAUAUCCUGGCAAAAGUGACGAAGAAUACAGAAGACAUUUGGGAUCAUUUGGUAUUUCAGGCUCGCUUGCAUUGAAACGGAUGGAUGAAUUGUCAGGUGGUCAAAAGUCCAGGGUUAUAUUUGCUUCAUUAUGCUUAAAUAAUCCACAUAUUCUUAUCCUCGAUGAGCCUACGAACCAUCUAGAUACUCCUGGUUUGGAAGCGCUUGCUAAAGCCUUGAAAAACUUUAAAGGUGGAAUUCUGAUGGUUUCGCACGAUGUUUCCAUGAUUAAAGAAGUGUGUACCGAAAUUUGGGCUAGUGAAAAUGGAACUGUCAAAAAAUUCCCAGGUACUAUUGAUGAUUACAAGGAUUAUAUUUUGGAGGAAGCAGACGAAAGUGGCGUUGUCAAGAGGAGAUAA